GAGGUUUUUGCCAAGUUUGAGUAGAGUUCAAAUUGAAGUAAGAUGCCGAAAUCCAAGCGUGUUCGAUCGAAGCCAUUGACGCAGACCAACAAGAAGGGCGCCGAGCUCAAGAAGGGCGUGGUAGAGACUAUCCGUCAUGCCGUGGACGAGUUUGAGACGAUUUACGUGUUCUCGUUCGAGAACAUGCGCACCAACCACUUCAAGGUCGUGCGCGCGGAUUUCAGCGAUAGCCGCUUCUUCUUGGGCAAGAACAAGGUGAUGAAGGUGGCGUUGGGCCGUACCCGGGAAGAAGAGUACGCGGACAACUUGUUCAAGCUGUCUGCGGACAUCACUGGCGGCGUGGGCCUACUCAUGACCAACAAGUCCAAGGACGACGUCGUCAAGUACUUCAAGGACUUGUCCGUCGAGGACUACGCCAAGUCUGGCUUUGUCGCCACGGAAACCGUCACAAUCCCAGCGGGUCCCCAGCCUCAGUUCGUGGGCAGCAUGGUGGAAUCGUUGCGCCAGUUGGGCCUCCCCAUCGACCUCAAGCGCGGCGUGAUCGUCCUUACCAACGACCACACGAUCUGCAAGGAAGGCGCGACGCUGACGCCGGAACAGGCCAAGCUGCUGGUGCACUUCGACAAGAAGUUGUCCACGUUCAACGUCCAGUUGGUCAGCCGAUGGGCCACGGAAGGCGGGGUGUACGAACGUCUGGCGCCCAAGAAGGCUAAGAAGGCGACGUCCGUCGCUGCUGACGACGACGAGGAUGACAAUGAUGAUGACGAAGACAUGGAAUAAACUAGUUUUUUAAUGUAUAAUUUUUUCGAUUU